UGUUGGGUUAAAAUGUGUUAAAGAAAUUAAAGUGCCUGAUAUGUAAAGAGUAAAAGAAGAAAGUAACAAAACAGAGAACGUCUCCAUUGGAAUGAGCAAUAACAUUCCUUACGUACAGAAUGAAGUCAAACAGUGUGAACCAAUUAACAAAUUCCAAGCUUGAUAACUUUUUAUAAUAUAAAGUUUACCUCAUCCUGAGUACUAUACACAUUUACGGUUCUGCGAAUCUGCCGCCUAGUAUGCCCACGUUGUUUUCCAGUAGAUGUGGCAAACUGGUGGGUUGGAUCCAGCGGCGGAUUCAGGAUUUUCAUUCAAGGUGUUCGAAAAAAUAAUUGAACCUAAAUAUACACUGUAAUAUAUGUUCAGGGUGUUUAAAAGUUAAUAUAUGUACAUAAACACAUAAAAUUUACCCUAAAUAUACAUUAUAAUUUUUUGUCCAGGGUGUUUGGGUGAACACCCUGGGCUCUUGGUACAUCCGCCCCUGGUUGGGUCGAAUUUUGGCGGAUUAAAAUGGGCGGAGUUAAUAAAUAUACGGGUUAUUGACCCGCCCAAAGGUUUCUUGAGUUGAAGUGGGCUUAAAAGCUAGUCAAAACCCACCCGCCUAAUUUUUAUUAAGUUUUAAUUGCUUUAUUUGUUAUUUUAUAAUUUUUUAGUACCGAACUAAAUCAUUAUUUUUCUUUAUUAUGGCUAUAUAUAGCAUAUCAAAUAGAAAAAAUGCCUUUUCGAAAAUAUUUUGACAAAAUUUCUCAUGGAUCAAUUUGAGCUAAAUAUCAACCCAAAUUUUGAUGGGCUGAAAUAAGCUAGAGGGGGUCCAUAACUCUCAAACUUGAACGGAUUGGGUGGCUGGAAUGAGCUGAGCUAGAGCGGGUCAAUAACCCUCAAACUUGAACGGAUUGGGUGGUUGUGAGCUGAGCUAGAGCGGGUCAAUAACCCUUAAACUUGAACGGAGCUAGAGCGGGUCAAUAACCCUCAAACUUGAACGGAUUGGGUGGCUGGAAUGAGCUGAGCUAGACGGGUUAAUAACCCUCAAACUUGAAGGGAUUGGAUGGGUUAUGAUUUUAUGGAUUAAUUUUAUCACCUCUAAUUUUCCUCCUCUUUUUUGUUUACAUAUAGUAUCCAAAUGAGCUCAAGCCGUUAUGCGCAUGUAGACUAAUCAACUGAACAACAUGUCGGAAUCAUAGGACUCAAUCAUCUUUUAGCAAGUAUAGGGUGUAGUGUAUGUUUACUUUUUAUAUUUUGAAUUCUUUAGUGAAAAUUUUGACUUUGCCAUUAAUCUUAAUCAUAAAAAAACAAAUAUAACAAUAAGACCAUGAAACCUACGGAAGCCACAAAUAUACUUUUCUUCUUGGCAUUCAUGUGGAUUCUGUCGAGUGCUCUAGAAACAAUACCUGCAAAUCAGCCUUUAACAGAUGGAAGCACCGUUAUUUCUUUAAAAAAAAAAAAAACCUUUUUCUCCUUUAGUUUCUAUUUCACUUUGUUCAUUUGGAAGAUGCUUAUUAGUAAAAGGAGAAAAAUCUUAUGCCAGCUAUAGAGACCUAGGCAGACCCAAAAUUUACACGCAAUUAUGUCAAAGAGCCAACCACACUUUGACAACAAUUUGGUCAGAAAAACAAUACAUUCAGUAGCAUUGACUAACAAUGUUCUCUUAUCAUUAUCAAGGUUCACAUAAGACACCUAAUAACCCCAGACUAUUCUGUCAAGGACUCCAUCAAUAAGCAAAACAAGAAAUUUCAAUUGAACUCUGGAAAUUCCUUUGGUAUAACAACACCAAUACAAGAUUCAAAUCAAAUAAAAAUAUAAAAGAAUAGAAACCAAUGGAAGCCAUAAGUAUGCAUUUAUUCUUGUCUUCCAUAUUUUCUGUUUUGAUUCUGUCGAGUGCUCUAGAUACCAUACCAGCAGAUCAAUCUUUAACAGAUGGAAACACAAUUAUUUCAUCAGGUGGAAAGUUCGAGUUGGGAUUUUUCUCCCCUGGUACAUCCAGGAACCGGUACAUAGGAAUAUGGUUCAACAAAGUUACUGUACAGACAGUGGUAUGGGUUGCUAAUAGAGACAGACCACUCAAUGGUACAGAUGGUAUGCUAAAUUUAACAAGGCAAGGAAUUCUUACUCUUCAAAAUGGUUCUGGCCGAAUCAUCUGGUCCUCUAAUGCCACUAGACAUGUGCAAAAUCCAAUAGCUCAACUUCUGGAUUCAGGGAAUCUUGUUGUUAGAGAUGCAGCAGAGGAUUAUCUGUGGCAAAGUUUUGACUAUCCCAGUGACACGACUUUACCUGGAAUGAAGCUUGGGGUUGAUCUGAAGACUGGUUUUCAUCGUUUCCUCAGGUCAUGGAAGAGCACGAAUGACCCCUCGAAGGGUGAGUUUAGUUGGGUAAUUGAUACUCAUGGAUUACCACAGCCUUUUGUCAUGAACGGUUCCAUUGAACGCUACAGGUCUGGACCAUGGAAUGGUCGAGGCUUUGCUAAUGCACCAUCUCAGCUGCCAAGUCCGGGUUAUAGCUAUACAUACGUAUCCGACCCUGAAAAAGUAUCCUUCAUGUAUCAGCUCACAGACAGCUCUAUCGUUGCAAGGGUAGUGAUGCAACUAAAUGGGAUUCUACAGCUUUCAAUGUGGAAUAAUCAAACUCAGAAUUGGGAUGGCUUUGUUAGCGUACCAGCAGAUAACUGUGACAUUUAUGGCCAGUGUCACGCAUAUGGUUUGUGCAACAGUGGCAACUCUCCAAUCUGCAGAUGUUUGGAUAAAUUUGAAUCCAAAGAUCCAACAGAAUGGGCAAGGGGAAAUUGGUCAGGCGGCUGUGUUAGAAAGAGAACAUUGAAUUGCCAAAAGGAAGUAAAAUUCUUGAAGCAUUCAGGCAUCAAGUUGCCAGACACUCGUUUUUCCUGGUACAGCAAAGGAGUGACUCUUAAUGCAUGCGAGGAAUUGUGCUUGAGAAACUGUUCUUGUAUGGCGUAUGCAAAUCCAGACAUAACAGGAACAAAUGAAGGUUGUUUGCUUUGGUUUGAUGAUCUGGUCGACAUCAGGGAGUUCGGUGCUAGUGGACAAGAUAUCUAUAUAAAGUUGGACGCUUCCGAGUUAGAGAACUCCAGUACAGGGAAAGUAAAGAAACUGAAAAUCAGCUUGCCUCUGGCAGCAUUUGGUCUGCUCUUAACACUAAGCUUAAUCUUGUACAUAAGGCAAAAGCAACAUUUUAGCAAAGUCCUGAUUUUGACAGGAAGAGGAAUAAGAAGCUCUGAAAUGUUCUGCACUAACAAAAGCCAAGCUGAAGAACUAGAUUUACCAUUGUUUGAUUUUGAAACUAUAUCUGAUGCUACCAACAACUUUUCACUGAGCAACAAGCUUGGAGAGGGUGGUUUCGGACCUGUUUACAAGGGUGUGCUGAAAGAUGGACAAGAAAUUGCAGUAAAGAGACUUUCAAGAUACUCAGCGCAAGGAACUGAUGAGUUCAAGAAUGAGGUUAUCUUCAUUUCCAAACUCCAGCAUCGGAAUCUUGUGAAGCUUCUUGGUUGCUGUAUUCAAGCAGAAGAAAAAAUGUUGAUUUAUGAGUACAUGCGGAAUAAUAGCUUGGAUUGGUUCCUUUUUGAUAAAGAUAGGAGGUCAGUGCUUGAUUGGCCUAAGUGCUUCCAUAUUAUUAAUGGAAUUGCUCGAGGACUUCUCUACCUGCAUCAAGACUCAAGAUUGCGGAUAAUCCACAGAGAUCUGAAACCUGGCAAUGUUUUGCUAGACAUUGAUAUGAACCCAAAGAUAUCUGACUUUGGCAUGGCAAGAUGUUUCGGAGGAAAAGAGACGGGAGCUAUGACAACAAGAGUGGUCGGGACAUAUGGCUACAUGUCUCCGGAGUAUGCAGCAGAAGGAAAAUUUUCGGUGAAAUCAGAUGUAUUUAGCUUUGGAGUUCUAGUACUGGAGAUUAUAAGCGGGAAUAGAAAUAGAGGGUUCUUGCAUUCAGACCAUCACCAUAAUCUUCUAGGACAUGUGUGGAUCCUCUUCAAAGAAGGAAGGGUUUUGGAGCUAAAAGAUACCCAACCAAGGCAGUCAUGCAAUCUGUCCGAAGUUCAAAGAUCAGUCCAUGUAGGUCUAUUAUGUGUGCAGCAGCGUCCAGAAGAUAGGCCGAGUAUGGCAUCAGUAGUGAUGAUGUUGGGUAGUGAUGUUGAGCUGCCCUUGCCUAAAGAGCCAGGCUUUUUCAAUGGAAGAAGCAGAUUCACUGAAGCUGACAGUUCAUCUAGCAAGCAUGGUGAAACUUCUGUCAAUGAAUUAAGCAUCACACAGUUGGAUGCCAGAUAGGAGAAAAAAUUUCAGGUCAUUGGUGUUUUCUCAAGAAGCUAUAUUUACUUAAUUUUUCCAGUCACAUAGCUCAACCACUACUGAUUGUUCAACUAAAUAGUUUCACUUCAAGAAUCUGUGACAUGGUAUUCAACAUGACUAAUUGGCACUUAAUUUGCUGCAUAUGACUGCAAGUAAUCCUGAACUCUACCUGAGCUAAAUACAUGGGGAAGUUGAGCUAA